AUGGCAUCAAUGAUAGCCAGCGGCAGUGGUAACAACCUGCUUGGUGGAAGUGAUGUGGGAUCGAUGAACAUGAUCACAUCGACGUUACUAUGGCAGCACGGUGAUGAUGAUGACGACGUGCAACAUGCCGCUUCAUCCACAUCCAGACUGAAGAGGCGGCAAGAAGCAAUGAAACGCUUCAAACCUGGUGAACCUUGCGUGGUUUGCGGUGAUGCUGCGUCUGGAAUACAUUACGGUGUGUCGUCAUGCAACGGCUGUAAAACGUUCUUUAGGAGAGUUAUUGUUGAGAAUCGAACGUAUUCAUGUAAGCAAAGUGGUGACUGUCCCAUAGACAAAGAUAUGCGGUGUUCGUGUCGUCAUUGUCGAUUUAAGAAAUGUCUGCGAGCUGGCAUGGAUAGAACAGAACUGAACGUUGAACGGAGACGAAAACGUAAGUCGGCAAAUAUCGAACGCAUUGAAGAGGAUGUCGGUAAAGUGCAAGAUUCAAUAGUAGCGAAUCUACUUGAUCUUGAAGAUAAAUUCGUCGUUAUACUUACCUCUACCAGUGCACCGAUACAUUCGACCAUUGAUGAAGCACUCGAUAAUUCUACGAGCAUUUUUGAUGAUUUCUCGAAGUACGAAUCCGAACAGAUGCGACCCGGUGAACAAAUGAAUUUUUCAUAUUGGCGAGCUAAAAUAUUAUCGACAUUGAUGGAAUGGGCUAAAUCAUUUCAAUGUUUUCAGCAGUUAUCAGCUCGCGAUAAGCAUGUUCUCAUCGUGCACACAGCAUUUUCGAAUUUGGUCCUUUCCGAAGCGUUUCAUACGUCUGAAAAAUACACGGAUCGAAUCGUUUUUCCUGACGGAUUGGCUGGAUUUCGGAAUUUGACAGCGAAUGUUCUGAAGGAACGAAGUGGUUUGAUUCCAACGGUGGUCGCUGUAAUCAAUCACAUAUUGGUGCCAAUUCGGAGAAUGCGAAUGACUCGGAUUGAAUAUGUCCUUUUGCAAGCGAUCAUCCUCUUUGAUCCCGAAUGCUUAUCGCUAUCAGAACAAGCAAUUAACAUAAUCGAAUUGGAACGUCAAAAGUUUCUCCAUUCGUUACGAAAUCAUCUCGACUCACAGUUUGAUCUAAUUGAAAGUGCGCAUCGAUUCGCUUCCCUCCUUUUGAGGAUAUCAAAUGUUCAGAAAGUGGCCGCCUUCAAACGCGAAACAUUGUGUACUAUCGAAACAUUCAAUUUGAUGUCACCCCACCCGUUAACAAUGGAAAUAUCAAGGAAAUAUCCAGAUAUAUCAUUCUUUUGA